AUGGCACACUCGACUUUCCGCUUAGCAGCGGGCAGCAUCGGGAGCAGCUUGGGAGGCAGCGGCAGGGGGGGUGUUGGGGGGAUUUUGGGCGGCGGAGCGGGCGGCGCGGAGGCGGCGGUGCGGGCGGCGGUGGUGGGGCAGCGGGUGGCAGUGGUGGACGACAACGCGGUGAACCGCAUGGUGGCGCGGCGAACGCUGCAGGGCUACGGGGCAGACGUGCUGCUGCUGGCUUCAGGAGAGGACGCCCUGCAAGCUCUCUCCUCCAACAUGGACCCCUCUCCCUCCACGCCCCUCCAACUGCUGCUUCUGGAUCUCCACAUGCCUCCUGGCAUUGAUGGAUUCGAAACGGCUCGGCGAAUCCGGCGCAUGGAGAGCGAACAGCAGCUUUUGAGCGUGGCAGAGGCAAAAGCAGCCGACGAAGCAGACGCCGGAGGAGCUGACCGGGCGGAGACAGCAGCAGCCAAUGAGGCUGGAGCAGACGAAGCAGACACAGCAAGCAAAGCAGAAGGAGCUAAUGAAGCAAGAGCCGAUGACGAGGCAGCGAGCGAGUUCAGUUUUCAGACGCCGCAAGAGUCGACGACAGCAGCCGACGGUUCAGACAACGAAUUCUCAUUUCAGACGCCUCAGGAGUCAACAGCAGCAGAUGAGGCAGUGAAAGAAGUGCAGGAAAUGGGGGGUUCAAGAGGAGCCUGUCCUCAGCGGCUGUGCAUCAUAGCACUGACGGCAGAUCUGGAUGUUGGGGUGAAGCGAGCGUGCUUUGAGGCGGGGAUGGAUGGAGCCGUGCGCAAGCCGAUCGUGGCGCAUGAGCUGCUUGCUGCACUCGUGGAUGCCGGGUUUGCAGAUUUUGAGAUGGACGAUGCACUUGUAUUGUAG